AUGGCCGGAGCCUUCCCCUGCGCCGAUGCUCAGUCUGAACACGCCGUCCAGUCCAGCUCCAAGGCCAGAGUCUUCUUCUGCGCCGGUGCUCAGUCCAGAUACGGCGUCCAGUCCUGCACCAUGGCGGGAGCCUUCCCCUGCGCCGAUGCCCAGUCCAGAUACGGCUUCCAGUCCUGCACCAUGGCAGGAGCCUUCCUCUGCACUGAUGUCCAGUCCAGAUCUGGUGUCCAGUCCCGCUCCAUGGCAGGAGCCUUCCUUGACAUCGAGUUGCAGGACCCCCACAUGUAUGAUCAGGUCUAUAGGUACUUAGACCUCCCAGGACAGGUUAGGGGAAACGACCGUACUCUGGAGACUGAGAAGAUCCCGCGGGCGCCUCACGACCGGAAGAAGGAGUGGCAGAAACUGGCGCUCGGGGCGGAGCUAGCUGAGGACGUCCCUGAAGAGGCCCUGAAACACAGAGAGGCUAAUGGCUCCGCUCCCUACCACGACAGAGCUCCUAGUUACUUGGAUGGGAUGGACGGGCCAUUCUCCCUAGCAGCGCUGCCCUACAGCCAGAUGAAUGAGCUGCUGAACCGCCCUGGGGACAGAAUGUACACAAGACCCCAUGACCCCCCACCACCACCCCCUAUGCACCAUCUGGGAGACAUCAAACCCCCCUCCAUGAUCAGCUCCAGUUCAGGUUUUUCAGACAGCAGACCCCAAUCUCCAGCACAGACUCACGGCUUCAACUCCAACACACCUCCCCCUCCGCCACCCCCCUUGCCCCCUCCACCUCCUCCCUUGCCUUCCAUGUCUGGUUUUGGCCCUCGGGGCACCCCUCCUCCCCCUAUUCCUCCUCUACCCGUCCAGCAGCAGCCACCGGCCAUCCCCCCUCCCCCUGCCCCUCUCCAGAUCGCACCUGGCGUCCUCCACCCUGCCCCUCCCCCAGUGGCACCUCCCCUCCACAUCUCCUCCCCAGCCCGUCUCCAGCAGGUCCUGGACAGGGGCCCGACCCCUGGCCAAUCAGAUGGCACCGUGCUACCUCCUCCGCCCCCUCCCCCGCCCCUCCCAGGAGUGCGGAGCUCCUCCCCCUGCCCGCCGGGCCCACCUCCCGUGCCUUCCUUCCUGUCAGGUGCCAUGGCGUCCCCGCUCUCUCACUCCGGGGGGAAAAAACACUCCGCCAACCUGCCGCCCAUCAGCGAUGCACGCAGUGUCCUAUUGGAGGCCAUCCGCAAAGGUAUCCAGCUCCGGAAGGUGGAGGAGCAAAGAGAGCAGGAGGCAGCCAAACACGAGCGUGUGGGGAACGACGUGGCCACCAUCCUGUCCCGACGCAUUGCCGUCGAGUACUCCGACUCAGAGGACGAGUCCGAGUUCGACGAGGGAGACUGGAUGGAGUGAAUGAGAUGGAGGGAGAGGAAAAGAAAAGAGAGGGGGACAAAAGGCAAAACUGUCACCCAACUGUACCCCCUUUAGAGAUGUCAGAAUCCAUCCUUACAUCCACUAUCCUC